AUGGAGGACGGUGCCGGUGCCAAAGACAGUGGCGCCACGGAACAUGACGCUGCGGCGGCGGCAGCUUUGAGGAUUAACUGGGCAUCAUGUUACGUGCCCUUGCACGACCACGACGCGCACUUCAGGAUCACCAAGCGCGGCGUCCUCGGUGUGGCGGACGGCGUCGACACAUACGCAGAGUACGGCGUGGACACUGGCACCUUCUGCCACGGUCUCAUGACAAGCGCCUCUACGGAGGUUGUUGGGCUGGAGCCCAGCACGCGUGUCUACCCUUGCGCGCUGCUGGAGUGGGCCAAUGACGAGACGACCGCGUCCGAUGUGCGGAGACAUCGACGGUCGUGA